UCACCCUGCUUGCCAACUCUUUCCAGGUUCCACCUCAUCUCCUGGCUCUUGCCUACCACGACUUUGAUGUUUUUUGUUUGUUGUUGAGAGAAGGGUCCCUGGGGCUAGGAGUAGCCUCACAGGUGCCUUAUCUGUCUGGCUAGGCCAGCACCACCUGGGGCCUCUGCUCUCCCUUGGCACUUCCGCUUUAUGGGAGUGCUCCCAUAGAUGUCUGCGGGCUCAGCCAGGCUUCACCCGUCACAGCCUUGCCCCUUUUUCUCUGGCUGCCCCCUCCACCUUGCUCCACUGAUUAGUGCCUGAGCUCCCCGGUAUCAGCCCUGCCUUAAUGGCAGGCCCUGCCUGGGGCCCCAUACUUUAGGGGGCCUAAAUUUUGGGGGGUGAAGUUUUUGCAAGGAAGUUGUUCAUCAAAAUUAAGCCUCUAAGAGGCCCCAAAUGACCCUCUUACUCAGGGCCCUAACAACCCUAAGGCUCCGCCCCCUACCCCCAGGAACCAGGUGCAGCUAAUUGCUUCAUUAGCCCCUGGCCUUAAUCCCUGGCUCAGUCCACCUGGGCUUGUACUCCUUACUGCCCUUCCUGGCCCUGGUUUCCUACCCUUUCAGGUCUUCCUAUUAACAGGGAAAGGGGUUCCCUGUUACAGUCAUCUGAAUCUCAAUUUUCCAUCCAUAGUGUGUAAAUAAUUAUCUACAAAAUAAUUAAAAAGGUAUUAGCUAUAUUUAAGCGUGUCAAAGGUGAAAAAUCUCACUGAAAAAAAGGCUGGUUAGAAUUUUUUGAAGAGGACUACAUCAAAAACAGCAGAAGUUUAAAAAAAUGAAGCAUAACAUGGACAAUAUCUUUAGGAAACAAUAUGUUUGUGCUUUGGUGGUCUGAGAAAAAUUAUUUCUCAUUUACCAGAAUUAUGUGCAUUUGAAAAUUAUGCACUAUGAAAUAGACAUUUUUAAAUUUACACUUGGUUGUCAUUCUAGAAAGACAGUAUUCAUGAAUGCACAGCUUGGGGAGAAUGCACAUAACUCUGAAAAAAAACACACCCAAAAAACCAAAAACCACAUUUCUUAACCCACAUAACCACUUCUGCUACUAGUAUACUUCCCCAAGAUUAUUAUUUUUUCUUUGUGGUAGCACUCACACAGCACCAGGGUAGUUUAGGAUGAAUGAAGAGCUGUAGUUAGUAUUUUAACUGAUUAUGGCUCAAAGAACUGUAAGUAACUAAAUUACUCUGAUCUGAAGCUGCCAAGAAGCUCCACAAAACUAGUGCUUUGCUCAUGAACAGUUUGAGCUUUCAUUCUCUUGGAAUUUCCUUUGUUAAUAGGAAGCAAAGAAUGUUUGCACCUUUUCCCUUUGGGUUGGUGAAGGAAAACAUUUCAGCCUUUCUCCUCCAAUUUUACUGUCUAUUUUGUGUGUGUGAGAGUGGAAAAUAAUCCUUUGCAUAUUGUAAAGGAGUCACAGAAAAAAAGAAAAGGUGGUAGGACAGAGCCAGCCAAGCUCUGGGAGAAACAUCAAAAGGUAACAUUAGAGACCAGGAAAUGAGAAAGGUUUCCAGUUCUGAAAUAGAGUGAUACUCCUAGGACAGAAACGUGUUUAAAGCAAUGUUGAACUAUUUUCCCAAAGGGACACAUGGUUCCAAACCUGGUCCACUACAACAAAGAUCAUUACUGUGGCUUUUAUGAGGGUAAUCAGAAGCUGCACUCCUGGGAGAGCACCAAGGGAGGCCAAGACCGCUGACUUAGAAAGAAGGAAACUUUUAAUGAGACUGAUGGGUUCUGAGAAUGUGGCAAGAAGAAUAUUUAUUGGAUAUGUUUUUGGAUGGCUAAUGAAGGUUUGGGGCAAGUCAAUGUUUAGAAGAGCUUUGUAGAAAUAAGAGAAGCUUCAUGAGGAAGUUCUGGAGCACAAGAAGCCUACAGGCUUGCUUAUUUCAGUUACUGGAUUACAUCCUUCAGAAAAGAACAAGUGAAACCAAAUUACUAAUCCGAAAGAGAUCUACCACAAAGCAAGCAGACAGAACCAAGAAAAAAAUUAAGUCAAAGACGAGCAGUUCUCUCUCAGAUAUGGUUCUGUACCAGAAACUGUUUCAAAUGAUUUGUGUACUGGGAAUUGGUGGAAGCUUCUCAUUUGGCUUCCAAAUUUCUAUGAUCACCUAUGCUUCUGUGCACAUCAAGAAAUUCAUCAAUGAGACCUGGCAGGAACGAUACCACUCUUUCAUUGAUGAGCAGAGCCUCACAUUACUGUGGUCAUCCAUUGUCUCUGCUAUUAGCAUUGGGGGGCUCUUGGGAACCAUCAGUUCAAGAUCCCUGUCCACAAAAUAUGGAAAAAAGAAAUGCCUAAUAUACAAUAACCUGACCAUGAUAGCAGCUGCAAUUCUCAUGGGCUUCAGUAAGAUGGCAAAAUCCUUUGAGAUGAUUUUGAUUGGACGUUUCCUUUGUGGUUUUAAUUCAGGCCUGGGUUGCUGUUUACAGGGCCAGUUCCUGGGAGAAAUUUCCCCUAAGCAGCUGCGUGGAUAUAUAAACACCAGUUUCACUGUCUUUGUAACCAUGGGCAAAUUCUUAGGGCAAAUGACAGGACUAAGGGAACUUCUAGGAACUGAAUCCUUGUGGCCAUUACUGACAACGCUCACUGGAAUUGCAGCAUUAGUGCAGCUUGUCACUCUCCCAUUUUUGCCUGAGUCUCCACCUGAACUUCUGAUGCAAAAGGGAGAUACAGAAGGCUGCUUGAAAGAUCUGAUUCAUGUAUAUUCUCAGAGGGAUAUUAUAUUUAAUGCUAGGAAGAUCUACUUCUACUCCUUUGAGGUGUUCCAUACAGCUGGGUUUGAUCAAGAACACAUCCCCUACAUAUCUCUGGGACUUGGGACCUGUGAGCUCUUCUCCUCCAUAUUGUGUGCCUUCAUCAUUGAGCAGUCUGGAAGAAGAAUGUUCCUGUUGUGGGGAUAUGGACUGAUGAUUUUGGUCUUGGCUCGCCUCACAACAACUCUCACUCUGCAGCAUCAGUUCUUCUGGAUGCCCUACUGCAGCGUCAUUCUGAUCUUCUUAUUCAUUAUCUUCUUCGGAAAUGGACCAGCUGGAGUUACAUUCCCAGUUAUAUCUGAACUCUUCACCCAGUCAUCCAGAUUACCUGCAUUAAUGAUCUGCAUGUCUCUCCACUGGGCAGGACUCUGCUUAAUUGGGAUGGUUUUCCCAUAUGUAGUGAAGAACCUGGGUACCUUCUGUUUCCUUGUUUUUAUGGGAUUCAUUUCUGUCUCAUGGAUUUCCAUCUACCGGUUUCUCCCAGAAACAAAGAACAAAUCAAUAAUGGAAAUCAAAGCUGAAUUUCAUCAUUAAUUUGGAAAGGCGUGCGCCCAGGUCACUGAAAACAAUCCUCCAGAGGAGUUUACUGCUUGCACUAACGUCUGAUGUGGACAGAAGGGACAGGAAGUGAUGUCACAUUCAGAUGUCUACAAAUCUAUGAAGUGUCAGCUUUAAUGAAUUUUACUGCUGUACUCCAUAUUCAUUUUAUGCAAAUGGUCUUCAUAGGAGAUCAUCCCCUGGUAUUCAGUAAUACAAAAGUCCUUGUCAGUAUCUCAUCGGCACCACAGUUGCCCAGCCACAUACAUUUCAAUUUAAGGUUCUACUUUACAAAAGCCAAACUGAUAUAUACAUACUUUUAAAGUCAUUCAAACUUUAACUCUGCCCAUGUAAUCCCAUCCUAAGGACAAGUAGGACAAUUUUGAAUGUAAUAUGUAUAUACAUACAUAUUUUAAAUAAUCAGUAAGUUGAUUACCUGAAGUAGUUAGUCUCAGUCAUUUUGCUUUAUGUCUACAUUAGCAGUGGACACAAAUCCAAAAUGGAUAACCUCCUAAACCAUACCAAAACUGGAGCAAUGUUAUGUUAAAACUACUAGAUUAUCACUUAGGUUUGUAUUUCUAGUUUGUAAGCCAUUGUGAACAAACUUAGGUUUGCAAACCACCUUGGCUGGAGCUGAACACAACUAUUUAAAACUUAAUCCAAUGAUUGUAAACCCUGUCCAGCUGAUGAUAACUAGUUGAUUAGAACAUUUUUAUGAAAAGUCUGUCAUAAAUGCAAUUCAUCCAGGUGGGAUUUCUGCACAGAGUGAAACCUGGAUCAGUCACCUCCCAGGGGACUGCUUUACUCUCUGCACCUAAAAGUAAGUCUCUCUUUCUCAAUUUAGAGAUACUCCACUUUGUAUAAAUAAUUAAAAGUUCAAAAGGCCUGAGGGGCCAGGUAUAGAAGUCAUCUGAGAUAUGGAAAGCCUGAAUGAGGCAAAGCAUGGACACAAACCUGGUUCUCACACAGCUCAGGCAAAUAAUAUAACCGUACCUUGUCCUGACCAUCCUAGGAUAUGUUUUCCAUUAAAUUUUUCAAAAAAAGUGUGGGCUUGCUUUAUUGAACAUUAAAGCAGAAUUAGGAUUUUGAAACCUUGGCUUUUUUCUUUGUAAAACAAAAUUCCAUUUUCUGGCCAGCCCUACUCUAUGAAAAACAUAUUAGUUGAGUAUAUUAAUCCCCAAAGUUCUUAGAAAUGCAAUGAAAAUGGCAUGGUGUAGCAAUACCUAACCAACUUUGUGCUGAGUCACAUCCCUGAUCUCAGUUACUUUUUAGAUGUUACUAGAACUGCGUCCCCUGCAGGAUCUUCAUCAGCAAGUGCAAAGAUGCCCUGUGGAAUAUUAAUGAAACAAAAAAUCAGAACUGAAAUUGGGACCACUGGUCAAGUCUUUUUCUAUGCUCAAAAAGGUGAUUGUUCCAUUCAAAUGACUAUAAACCUUGACUUUAGCAAGGCUUUUUAUAGUCUUCCACACCAUUCUUGCAAUCAAGGUGAAGAAAUACGGGCUGGAUGAAUGGACUGUAAGGUGGACAGAAAGCUGGCUGGACCAUAAGGCUCAGUGAGUAGUGAUCAACAGCUUGAGGUCUAGUUGGAAGCUGAUCUCAAGUGGAGUGCCCCAGGGGUUGGUCCUGAGGUUGGUUUCAUUCAAUAUUGUGGUGGCAGGAGAUAUCCGCAGGGGUCGGAAGCGCCAGGGACAGACCCUGACACUUCUGAAGAAGGAAACAGGGAUGCCCACACCACAGAGAACUUACCUCUGAAAAUGGCUGGGGCACAGAAGGAGCCGUGCGAGCCGGCAUUUCACCAGCUCUUAAAGCAGCUGUCAAUCAAGCUGGGCAGCCGCCAGUUGAUGAUGUCAGCUAGGCCCACCGCCACAGGGGAUUUAAAAACCCUGCCAGAAGUCAGGCGAGCGGGGAGCCAGCUAGGAGAACAACGGGCAUGCCGAGACCUGAUGCACCAGCAGGAGUGGUCCUGUUGACAUUGCCCCAUGGCAGAGAAGCGGGGGCAGCAACUGGCAUCCGGCCAGGAAUGGGCAAAUCCUGGCCCCAGAGCAUUAGGGCUUCAAGGUGGUGAUUCUCCCUAAAAGAAUCGCCCAACUCUAUCUGCUCAGACCCUGAAGCCAGUAUCUUUGGCCUCAGGGUUGGAUUAGGGGUCAGGGUGGCCAGGCUGACUGUCGGAGCCUACACAGUAACCACAGUUGUGGGGUGCACCCCCUUUUUGGCCGACACAGGUGCCAUAGCCCCAAGUUGGGGCGGGAACACGAAGACCCAUGCAGCUGGUGAUUGGACAGGGUGUAAGGGAGGCGGAGCCCUAAGGACCGCCACGGUGAACCUGUGAGUACCCUGCCUUUGGGUCGAGGGGGUAGGAACACCACUGAACACCCUUCUUCUUUACAUUUUCAAUCAAGUCGUGGCAAGCGAGUUCGAGGCCCCAGACCGCAGGGCAGGAACAUACUCACAGCACCAACUGUGGGCGCCACAAAUAUCUUCAUUAACAACCAGGAAGAUGGGAUAAAUUGUAGGGCUGUGUGAAGCUUCAGUCGCUGAUUCAAUUUGGAGGAGAUUCGGCCCAAUUC